AUGGAGGACGGUCCUGUUUUCUAUGGCUUUAAAAACAUUUUUAUUACAAUGUUUGCUACUUUUUUUUUCUUCAAGCUCUUAAUUAAGGUGUUUUUGGCACUCCUAACCCAUUUCUAUAUCGUCAAAGGAAAUAGAAAAGAAGCAGCUAGGAUAGCAGAAGAGAUCUAUGGUGGAAUUUCAGACUGCUGGGCUGACCGAUCCCCGCUUCAUGAAGCCGCAGCCCAGGGACGCUUACUGGCCCUUAAAACUUUAAUUGCUCAAGGUGUGAACGUGAACCUUGUGACAAUCAAUCGGGUCUCCUCUCUCCACGAAGCAUGCCUUGGAGGUCACGUGGCCUGUGCAAAAGCCUUGCUGGAAAACGGAGCCCAUGUCAAUGGAGUGACUGUUCAUGGAGCCACACCCCUCUUCAAUGCUUGCCGCAGCGGCAGCACUGCCUGUGUCAACUUGCUCCUGGGAUUUGGAGCCAAGGCCCAGCUCCAGGCGCACCUGAACUCACCCAUCCACGAAGCAGUGAAGAGAGGGCAUAGAGAGUGCAUGGAGAUUCUGCUGGCGAAUAAUGUUAACAUCGACCAAGAAGUGCCUCAGCUUGGAACGCCUCUGUAUGUGGCCUGCACCUACCAGAGAGUAGACUGUGUGAAGAAACUUCUAGAAUUAGGAGCCAGCGUUGAUCACGGUCAGUGGCUGGACACACCCCUCCAUGCUGCCGCCCGCCAGUCUAGCGUGGAAGUCAUCCACCUGCUAGCCGACUACGGGGCCAGCCUGACAUGCCGAAACGCGCAGGGCAAAAAUGCACUGGAUGUGGCGGCGCCCAAGAGCAGUGUGGAGCAGGCACUCUUACUCCGGGAAGGCCCGCCUACUCUUUCCCAGCUCUGCCGCCUGUGUGUCCGGAAGUGCUUGGGCCGAGCUUGUCAUCAAAGUGUCCACGAGCUGCACCUGCCAGAGCCCCUGGAGAGAUUCCUCCUGUACCGAUAGUCCCACUUGUCCAUGGAAAGAUACCUUGGAAAUAAUCAGGUUGUUGCCUGCUGUAGCCAACCCCCAGUAUAGACACCCAACAGCUAGACUUUCAGUAUCUUCAAAUGAGCUAAGCCAGUCAGAGUAAAUUCCUGAUAAACCGGAUGCUUGUUGAGUGAAACCACCAGUUAGGUUACUGUUCUCACUAACCAAGGGGCAACCAGAAACCUUUUCAUUUUUCACCUCUUGUUAAGAAACUGUAAAACAUUAACUGUCAAGUAGAGUGAAAAUAAUCAGCAACUGUUGAUGAUUCAUGAUCUUCUAUUACGUAAAGGUCAACAUUCUUCAUAUAUAGAUACAUGUAAAUCUGAGUGAAUAAGAUAAUGAUGAAUAUAAAUAUUCUGACAUGUGUUCCUGUUCUAAUUCCUUCCUCCUCCCCUUUCUUCUUUCCUUCUGUGAAUAAAUC